UGUCACUGUCGAGCAUUGAAGCUGCCUCAUGAACAAGUCUCAACGACACUCAGCAGUUCAGCAACCCAUCUGUCCUCUAUCGGCCUAUAUCGUCGGUCUCUUGCCCUCUCCGCCUCCACCGGGUUUGGCACAGUUUCUAUUAUUGCGCCAACAUGUCGAUCCAACAGAACCAAGGAGUCGAGGCAGACCCCUUAACAGAUAGCAAGGAUAUCAAGGUAUUGGAUGAUGGAGUAAUGACUGUCUCUGCAGCUGGCAACAUUCGUCAGGUCUCUGCCAGCAUCGCUAUCGACGCUGUGGCGGAGAGACGACUGGUUUGGAAAUUUGACCUACGCAUCCUGCCUACUCUCGCAGUCAUGUAUCUAUUCAACUCUCUGGAUAAGUCGAACCUCGGUAAUGCGAAAACCGCCGGUCUCGAAGAUGAUCUGGGUCUGAAAGGAGAUCAAUACAACUUGAUUCUCUCAAUCUUCUUCAUCCCCUAUGUGCUUACAGCUCCUUUCCUCGGCAUCGCAGGCAAACGAUAUGGUCCGAGCCGAGUUCUCCCCAUCAUGAUGUUUUGCUUCGGUUUCUUCACUCUGAUGGUGGUUGCCGCAAAGAACUUUGGCGGUAUCCUCGCCCUUCGUUGGUUCCUCGGUAUGGCCGAAUCAGCAUUUUUCCCUUUGGUCAUCUAUUACCAGACCACAUUCUACCGACGUGGAGAGCUAGCUCGUCGACUAGCCAUCUUCUAUGCAGCUCAGUCAAUCGCGUCGGCUUUUGGUGGGCUUUUAUCCUACGGAGUCUUUCAAAUCAAGUCGGGUAGCCUGGCCGACUGGCGCUACCUCUUCAUUAUUGAGGGUAGCUGCUCCAUGCUGUUCGCCAUUUUCGCCUUUUGGUACCUCCCAUACGACGCACAGAGCGCCAAAUUCCUCACGGCAGAAGAAAAGCAACUCGCCUUUUACCGGAUCCAGGUUGAUUCUUCUUCAGUCGUUGGUGAGAAGUUCAAUUUCAGAUCUGCCGUCGCGAUCUUGAAGCACCCAACUAGCUGGAUCAUUCUCGGCAUUGAGAUUUGUCUGGGUGUUCCUUUACAAUCAGUUUCGCUCUUCUUACCCGUCAUCGUCAAACGCCUGGGUUAUUCAACGGUGAAGACCAACUUAUACACCGUCGCACCCAAUGUGUCGGGUGCAGCUAUGCUGCUCAUCUUGUCUUUUGCUUCAGACUUGACACGACUGCGAUUCCCUUUUGUCGCCCUGGGUUUUGCCUUUACUUUUAUCGGAUUCAUCAUCUACGCCACGGUCAACGUCACUUCACAACUGAACGUCGCCUAUUUUGCAUGUUUCAUGAUGACUUGGGGUACAAGCGCUCCCAGUGUGAUUCUAGAUGUUUGGUACAACAACAACAUUGCUGACGAAAACAAACGAAUGAUGCUGACAAGCAUUGGUGUCCCCGUGGCCAAUCUCAUGGGCGUUGUCUCCAGUAACGUCUUCCAGAACAAGGACGCACCCAAGUACUUCCCGGCCUUGAUCACAACUGCGGUGUUUGGCGCCUGUGGCUGCUUCUUGACACUGCUUCUGGGAGCGUGGAUGGUCAUUGACAACAAGAGACGUGACAAGAGGGAUGGAAGGACGGUGAAGGCUAUCGAUAUUCCCUCUGAGCUACUUGCAGAAGGUCCAGAAAGUGCUCAUUAUCGCUGGUUUUACUAAGGGUUGGAUUAUGGAAGACGAGCUUCUCGGGAAUCUAAAAGUCUGGGUGUAACUCAUUAUUGUCUUAAUCUGAGCGUAGUUAGUUUAAAUAUCUGGGAAUUCAUAGAGUAGAGUUUGAAAAGACCUUGUGGUAUAAUUGAUGCGUAACAUAAUUUUCAAGUUAAGAUAUUCGGUUUAAUUAUAUAAUACUGAUGCGGCGCUUGACACUA